AUGACUUUGACAAGCUUCAAACUAGAUGCACUUGAUGCUCUUUGCACCCAAGAGCAGCUAGAUCUUUUGGAUUCCGUGGAUACCCUACGGUCACAAGGAAUCAGCCAUUAUGUCUCGCUCCCACAAAUCAUUGUCUGCGGAGAUCAAUCUUCUGGCAAGAGCUCUGUCCUUGAAGCGAUCUCCGGUGUUUCAUUCCCAGUGAAAAGCAACCUGUGUACAAGGUUUCCCACGGAGCUCGUGCUGCGGAAAAACUCCCAGGUCGGGGUCAGAGUCUCCAUAGUACCUCAUCAGUCUCGGAAUGAAGCAGAAAAACAGUCGCUGGGUAGCUUCUGUGAGCAUCUCGAUGGGUUUGAUGGCCUCGCGACCCUCAUCGAGAACGCCAAAGCGGCCAUGGGCAUCUCUACAUAUGGCAAAGCUUUCUCUAAUGAUUUGCUACGGAUAGAGAUAUCGGGUCCUGAUCGUCCUCACCUGACAAUCGUCGACCUUCCGGGCCUCAUCCACUCAGAAACACGACAGCAAUCGGCUGCUGAUGUGCACUUGGUGCAAAGUGUGGUUCAAUCGUACAUGAGCCAGCCGCGGAGUAUUAUUCUGGCUGUGGUCUCCGCAAAGAACGACUUCGCCAACCAGAUAGUUCUCAGCCUCGCGCGAGACGCAGAUCCUUCGGGGGACCGGACAUUGGGCGUGAUCACUAAGCCCGAUAUCCUGAUAGCUGGAUCCGAGAGUGAGACAUCGUUCAUAUCACUCGCUAGGAACCAAGAUGUGGAGUUCCGUCUGGGAUGGCAUGUGUUGAAAAAUAUGGACUCCGAAAGAGGCCAUUGGAGUCUGUCCGAGCGGGAUGCCCAAGAAUGGAAAUUCUUUUCUGAAGGAAUCUGGGGAGACAUGCCUCGGUCCCUUGUGGGUGUGAACACUUUGCGUACUCGGCUUAGCAAACUGCUUCUCGGGCAAAUUGCAGCCGAAUUGCCUAGCCUCAUUGAGGAGAUCAACACCAUGAGCGAUGCCUGUCGAGCCCAACUGAGUAAGCUGGGACAACCUCGAGCAACAUUGAAUGCACAAAGAUCAUACCUCUUCCAUAUCAGCCAGUUGUUCCAAUCCCUAGUGAAAGCUGCUGUGGAUGGGACAUACAAUGAGCCUUUUUUCGAACCUGCGCAAACCGAAAUUGGGUAUAAAAGAAGAAUUCGCGCGGUGAUCCAGAAUCUGAAUGUGGCUUUCGCCGCAAAUCUCGCGAGAUAUGGUCACUACCGUCAGCUGGACCCUACAGAGGAGAGCAAAGCCAUCGGUGAGCAUCAGAUUCAAAUGUCGCGGGAUGAAUACCUGGGGGAAAUUGGUACACUACUGGAGAGAACGCGUGGUCGUGAAUUACCGGGCACUUUUGAUCCUAUGAUCACCAGAGAUCUGUUCCAGGAUCAGAGCCGGCCGUGGGAGCGUAUAUCCCGCAACCAUGUUAUCGCCGCUUGGGCUGCUGCAAAAGAUUUCCUCCAGCAAGUGGUCAUCCAUGUCGCAGAUGAGACCACUGCGACCGCUUUGUUUGAGAAGGUCAUCGUUCCAGCCCUAGCCCAAUUGAGAAAAUUACUGGAGCAAGGGACCGCAGACCUGCUUGUUCCCCAUCAACAGCGGCAUCCAAUCACAUAUAACCACUACUUUACGGAGACACUUCAAAACGCACGCAAUAGCCGUCAAAAGGAGCAGUUACGCGAGGCGCUCAAGCGUCACUUCAGGGUGGACCAUCUGUCCAGUGCACACACAGUCUAUGAUUCCAUUGACCUCCGUGCGCUUUUUGAUUCACUCGUUUGGAGUACUGUGCCAGAUAUGACGCAAUUCGCAUCAGAGGAAGCGCUAGACUGCAUGCUGGCAUAUUACAAGGUAAAUGCGGCAAAUCAUGGUCUUGUUCCACGCUGA